AUGUUCACACAGCGUAAUAAGAAGCAGAGCGCCAAAAGCGAUGCUCUUGCCGGUUUCAAACCAGAGAUGCGCCAGAAAACGGUUACUAGCUUUUUCGGGAAGAAAACACGGCGAUUAGUGGGCACCUCUGAAAUAGCCGCCGAGCCUGUACGGUCGGUUUUGGCGAGCAAAAAACCGAUUUUCGAGUCCUCUGGUUCCUUUGACGAGUCCUCUCCCGGUGACAGUGAACUCUCGAAGCUGGUGAACGAGACCCCACUUCUCAACUUCAAAUCUCAGCCGAAAAUCAUGGCGCCUCGGUCAGGCUUCGCGACGACGAAGUCCGGCAGACAGCAGUCUAUCAGAGGUGCUAGCUCAUCUGAGAAUCUCACAUACUCUCAUGUCUCCGAUACAGCGUCAUCAACGCGAAGAACGGCCGCUAAAAGAUCCGUUGUGUCUGAGUUUUCAUUUUCCAUGAGUAAGAAAUUGAAACCUGUGCGAGCUGCGUCACCUCAAUUGAACUCCAGCAAAGGCUCUUUCAAAGCUUCUCCCAGUAUUGAACUCACUGCAGAACAGCGCAAAGUUAUAAAUCUAAUAGUUUCGGAACGAAAAAACGUAUUCUACACAGGUUCCGCUGGUACUGGUAAGUCUGUGGUACUACGAGAACUCGUCAAACAGUUGCGUGCCCGAUAUGGUGAAUCGGCUGUGGCAAUAACGGCAUCCACUGGUCUCGCAGCAGUCAAUAUUGGUGGAAUAACGGUCAACAGGUUUUCAGGCAUAAAUAUUGGAAUGGGAAGUGUGCAAAAAUUGGCCGCCCAGGUCAACCGGAACAAGACUAAUAGCGAGCGGUGGAAGCGUACCAGCGUAUUAAUUAUUGAUGAGUGCUCUAUGAUUGAUGGAAGGUUUCUAGAUAAAAUGGACUAUGUUGCAAGAGACGUGAGGCGAGUUCCAAACAAACCGUUUGGAGGUAUACAGCUAGUUUUGACUGGCGAUUUCUUCCAACUACCUCCCGUGGCUGACAGAGACCCAAGCGUGGAGAAGCCUACGUUCUGCUUCGAAAGUAAGGUUUGGAAACAAGCAAUUGACAAUACCAUCUGCCUGACACAAGUGUUUCGGCAGAAAGACCCAGAACUGGUGGACUUAUUAAAUAAAAUCAGAUUUGGUGAAGUCAGCUCUCAUAUUGCACAGCAAAUUAAAAAAUAUGAAAGAGAGGUCGAUUACUCUGAUGGGAUAAUGCCUACUGAGCUUUACCCAACGCGACGGGAAGUUGAUUUAUCAAACAAGCGAAUGCUAGAUAGACUGGCUGGUGAUGUCAAGAUAUUUCAAGCCCAAGAUCAAACCACAAGCGACAACCCGUAUUUAUUGAAGAUCUUAGAUUCUUUGAUGGUUGAAAAAAACUUGGCGCUGAAAGAAGAUGCUCAGGUAAUGAUGAUCAAGAACGUUGACGAGACUCUGGUGAACGGCUCGGUUGGAAAAUUGCUGUUUUUCACUACAGAGGUGUUAUACCAUAAAAUGUUGGAACUGUAUCCCUCCCCAAACCUAAGUGAUCCGGAUCUAGUUCUAGAUAUGAGACUUAUUAACCGAUGUAUCGGCUUGGUGCAACACAAUUAUCCCAAAGACAUCGAAGCGGAAAUUAAUAUGAGACCAUUCAACAGGGCAGAAAGUAUACGAUUGUUACUGAAACUGGCAGAACGCGAGAACAAGCACAGUUCCUACCCUCUCAUCCGUUUUACAACACCAACCAACGGAUUUCGGUUUGAACUAAUUUUGCCGGCCGAGUUUACGGUCGAUGUUCCGGCCCAAAAAACCAGUGUUAGCAGAAUACAACUGCCGCUAAUUUUAUGCUGGGCAUUGUCCAUUCAUAAAGCACAGGGCCAAACAAUAGAUCGACUCAAAGUCGACCUCAGGAAAAUUUUUGAAGAGGGCCAAGUUUACGUGGCAUUAUCAAGAGCCGUAUCAAAAGAACGGCUUCAAAUCAUAAACUUUGAUUCAAGAGCAAUUAAGGCAAACGACAAAGUCAAAAAGUUCUACAAAACGUUAGAAAUCGUGUCUGCUUAA